ACACGCACAGACCUCGCAGGUCCUCCACGCAAGGCAAGCACCCGUGCGGGAUGUUUUGUCGUUGAUGUCAUUCUUUUUUUUCUUGAAGAUUUUCUUAGAGGAGAUCUCUUGGUUCCAUGAAAAAGUUCCCGCAGAGCGCGCAGCUCUUCAGCCAGCUGCUGCUGCUGUAGAUGCUCAGGAUCUUCUCCUCAGUCAAAGCUGUAACUGAUCCCGGAUUGGCCAGAACAACAUCAGCACCAUGACUUCGUCCACUAAAAACCUGGAUGGAGGCUGGGGCUGGGCGAUCGUUGCUGCAUCUUUUAUGGCCCAGCUCCUGGCCUAUGGAUCACCGCAGUCCGUGGGUGUCCUGUACCCUGAGUGGCUGCACACCUACCAAGAGGGCAAGGGCAUGACUGCCUGGGUGGGCUCUCUUGUGGCAGGAGUGGGAUUAAUCGCCAGUCCCAUCUGCAGUGCCUGUGUAGACAACUUUGGAGCUCGCCCUGUGACCAUCUUCAGCGGCGUAAUGGUGGCGGGCGGCUUGAUGCUCAGCGCCUUCGCUCCAAAUGUUCAGUUCCUCAUCUUUUCUUAUGGGAUCAUUGUUGGUCUUGGUUGUGGGCUUGUUUACGCAGCCACCUUGACAAUCACCUGUCAGUAUUUUGACAAGAGACGUGGCCUGGCCCUUGGCAUUGUCACCACAGGAACAAGCGUUGGCGCAUUCAUCUAUGCCACUGCUCAGAACGAGCUGAUUGUGUUGUUUGGACUGGAUGCCUGCUUGCUCAUCAUUGGCGCUAUAGCACUAAACCUCAUGGCUUGCGCUGGUUUCAUGAGACCCCUUUACAUGCCGGGGUACUACCUCAAACAAAAGGCCGCCUUGGAACGCAACACAGAAGAGCAGUUCUUCAUGAAGCCACCCUUGGAUGAUUUGAAGGCCACAACGGGGACAAACACACCUACUCAGGAGAAAGCUCUCUCAGUGAAGGAGUUGCUCAUCACCAUCGAUUCCAAGGACUUGUCUAUUCAGACAGAGAAGAAAGAAGGUUCUCUGGUUGGUUCAGCCAUUGUGAAAGCAAUCAAAAAGAAACAGAAGGCUUACUCCAAGUACAUGAAUUUGUUGUGUGAGAUCUUGCAGGACCAAACCAUGGUGGCCUUCUGCAUUGCUAUCUUCCUGUUCAGUCUGGGUGCAUUUCCACCAGUCCUUUUUAUUGAAGACGUGGCUCAAAGUGAAGGACUUAUUGAAGAAGUUAGCGUCAUCCCUCUUGUAUCAAUUGGGGCUAUUGCCACUUGCAUAGGCAAACUGGCUCUGGGGGUCCUGGCAGAUUUCAGGUGGAUCAACAGUAUCUAUUUGUACGCCUUCACAAUGUUUGCAGGAGGUAUGGCACUGCUCCUUAUCCCCAUCACCAAAAGUUAUAUGGGACUGCAGAUUCUGACUGCCAUCCUUGGUUUCUUCUCUGGAAAUUGGUCACUCACUUCGUACAUUACCACUAAGAUCGUUGGCUUGGACAGACUCACACAAGCCCAUGGCAUCCUCAUGUUCUUUGGGGGAUUUGGAAUCAUGCUUGGACCCCCUAUUGUAGGAUGGUUCUUUGACUGGACACAGUCUUAUGACUUGGCGUUCUACUUCAGUGGGGGCUGUGUUCUGUUGGGCGCAUUCAUUCUGUUUUUUCUCAGCCUUCCCUGCUGGAACAGGAAGGGCACUGAGAUUGAUAAACCAGACAUUCAAUACACCAGCAACUGUGACAAAGUUGCUUCUGUUGCCUGA